AUGAGGCGGAGAGUCGUUCUUGGUGUACUUGCGGGCCUACUUCGACUGGGUACAGGCCACCGACACGAUGAGCAUCUGCGCCGCCUAUCUAUGGAACAGAUCCCCCUUGCUGAGCUUUCCCAAAGCCAGAAGCAGAUCAAUCAAGACAUACGACAGUACUGGAUGCGACAAGCGAACGAAGCGCUGUCUUCGCCAUGUCCUUUCGCCCCCUUCGGCACCGUUAUUGUGAAUCACACGGUCGAUGGCAGAGGGAACAUUGUCUGCACCGGCGAAAACACGAGCCACCAGUCUGGCAACCCCAUGAUGCAUGCAAUCGCCAACUGCUCUCAAAUCCUAACAGAUCCGACGGGUCCUUACAAAAUGACAGUCGCAGAAGCUCUGGCAGCAUUCUCAGACUUGACCAUCUACACAAAUGCCGAAAGCUGCCCCAUGUGCGCGUCAGCGAUUCGAUGGGCAGGCUUCAGGGAAUACGUCUACGGCACCAGUAUUGAUGAGCUGGUCCGCAGAGGCUGGGAUCAGAUCCGGAUUGCGUCGCGUGAGGUAUUCGCAAUGUCCGUCGAUCUCCCGCGACAAACGGCGCUGAUUGGGGCGGUACUCACAAACGAGACGAACCCCUUGUUUAGCUGGCAGUUCGACCACUCGGCUCCAUGUCCACCGGGCUGUUCGCGAUCUACGUGGCAGGCGGGUUCAAUUUGUUCCGCUGCCUAG